AUGAAUAUUGGUAGGUAUGGAAGAGUUAAUUAUGUCCUGGCUCGAAGAAUAGAACUUUUAGAAGAGGUCAAACGAUUGCAGAAGAGUCUGGGGGUUCCAGGCGAUGCUUCAUACACUUGUGAGACUGCAGGGUAUUUCUUCUUGUAUCAGGUGAUGUCUCGUUGGGAGGAGUACAUAAGCAAAGUGAAGAACAAAGGCAGCACAUUGCCAGAUGUCACAGAGGUCUCCACGUUCUUCCCAUUCCAAGAGUAUUUUGCAAAUGCUCCUCAGCCUAUCUUUAAAGGCAGGUCUUAUGAAGAAGACAUGGAGAUAGCAGAAGGAUGCUUCAGGCAUAUUAAGAAAAUCUUCACUCAGCUUGAGGAAUUCAGAGCCUCUGAACUGCUUCGCAGUGGCCUGGACAGAUCCAAAUACCUUUUGGUGAAAGAAGCCAAAAUCAUCGCUAUGACCUGUACCCACGCUGCCUUAAAGCGACAUGACUUGGUCAAGUUAGGCUUCAAGUAUGACAACAUUUUAAUGGAAGAAGCUGCUCAAAUUCUGGAGAUAGAAACUUUUAUACCUCUUCUCCUACAGAACCCUCAGGAUGGAUUCAGCCGCCUGAAGCGGUGGAUUAUGAUUGGUGACCAUCACCAGUUGCCUCCAGUGAUUAAGAACAUGGCCUUCCAGAAGUAUUCCAACAUGGAGCAGUCUCUCUUCACUCGCUUCGUCCGGGUCGGGGUUCCUACCGUGGACCUCGAUGCUCAAGGGAGAGCCAGGGCCAGCUUGUGUAACCUGUACAACUGGCGAUACAAGAACCUGGGAAACUUACCCCAUGUGCAGCUCUUGCCAGAGUUCAGCACAGCAAAUGCUGGCUUGCUGUACGACUUCCAGCUCAUCAACGUGGAGGACUUCCAGGGAGUUGGGGAGUCUGAGCCCAAUCCUUACUUCUAUCAGAAUCUUGGAGAGGCAGAGUACGUAGUAGCACUCUUUAUGUACAUGUGCUUGCUUGGCUACCCUGCAGACAGGAUCAGCAUUCUGACCACAUACAACGGGCAGAAGCACCUUAUCCGUGACAUCAUCAACAGACGCUGUGGGAACAACCCACUGAUUGGAAGGCCAAAUAAGGUGACAACUGUUGAUAGAUUUCAAGGUCAACAGAAUGAUUACAUUCUUCUUUCUCUGGUACGAACCAGGGCAGUGGGCCAUCUAAGGGACGUCCGUCGCUUGGUGGUGGCCAUGUCUAGAGCCAGGCUUGGACUGUACAUCUUCGCCAGAGUUUCCCUGUUCCAAAACUGCUUUGAGCUCACUCCAGCUUUCAGCCAGCUCACGGCCCGCCCGCUUCAUUUGCAUAUAAUUCCAACCGAGCCCUUCCCAACCACUAGAAAGAAUGGAGAAAGACCAUCUCACGAGGUACAGAUAAUCAAGAAUAUGCCCCAGAUGGCAAACUUUGUGUACAACAUGUACAUGCAUUUGAUACAGACCACACACCAUUAUCAACAGACCUUCUUACAGCUACCACCGGCUAUGGUGGAAGAAAGUGAGGAAGUUCAAAAUCAAGAAACAGAAUUGGAAACAGAAGAAGAGACUGUGCCUGCUCAUGCCGAUAGCACCCCUAGUCCAACAGAUGCCAGCUGCAGUCACGAGACCCCCCCAGCACAGACAGAGGUCACCCCUGCUCCGUGUGAGGCCGCUGCUCCUGGAGCAGGGCCUGACACGGCCCCAGCAGACACUGAGUAGCCAGACUGUAACCUUCUGAGGGAGGGGGGACGCCUCCUUCAUGAAGCCCCAGUGAAGUUACUUUUGUAUUUUACAUUUGCUCCUACUGUUUCAGUGCCACUAAGGUUCAGUCCUUAUUUUUAUAACUGGUUUCCUUGUCUUGUAUAUAUAUAUAUUUUUUAAAUCGUAUAUAUGUGAACAAUUCCUGUUUUGUUUAUUUA